AUGGUCGACCACCUCGGCCACCACGGCCUAUCGUGUAGCAGAAGCGCGGGCCGGAUAGCCCGACACGCCAGCAUUAACGACAUCAUCCGUCGAGCUCUUGUCAUCGCUGGUGUGCCAGCUGUUCUGGAACCAAAGGGUUUGGCACGCGAUGAUGGUAAGAGACCCGACGUGACUGUAGCUUCCUGCGAGAGACCAUUUAGUAAGCUCAAAUUAAUAAAGACGUACCUGCGAUCGACGAUGGGCCAUGCAAGAUUGUCUGACCUAGCGAUUUUGUCGAUUGAACGCGACAUAGCACGGCUUCUGUUGUAUGAAAAUGUAAUUAAGGACCUCGGAAUGAGAAAAGCGUGA